AUGACCACCUAUUUCACGAUCCCACCUCACCUCUCCUUCUUCAACAUCCCCAGAGCUGAAUUCGCCGCCUCAAGACCCGAAUUCGCCGACUUUGUCACAAACGCAUACAUCUUUUCUACCUCACCCACCAGCGCAACCCCCUGCAAGCCCCGCGUCCUCCUCAUCCAGCGCUCUCUUUCCGACAGCUAUCCCGGAUGCUGGGAAGGGCCUGGUGGAUUGUGCGAGACGACCGAUGAGACGCUGUUAGCGGGCGUUGCGAGGGAGGUGCUAGAGGAGACGGGGUUGCACGUUUCGCGGUUUGUGGACCUCGUCUCGGUUGAAGGGUGGGUGAAAGUUCGGCCGGAGGGGGUGAGACGGGCAGUGCAGUACUCGUUUAUUGUCGAGGUUCAUGAGAGUCAGGCGAGUGGCUGGGAGGAUGCGGUUCGGUUAGAUCCAGCCGAACAUGAGGAUUUUGUGUGGGUGACCCAGGAAGAAGUGCGGGAUGGGAUGCAGCAGGGCAAGUUUAUGUUUAUAGAUCGGGAGGAGGGAAAUCUUUUUGCGGCAAUGGAGAUAUUCGAGAGAUUGAGUGUGAAACAUGGAUAG